CCGCUAAUGAUCUCGUAUAAAAGAGACUGACGCAAUCGUUAGCUUACUGUUUAAUCUGACACGCGAAACAGAUAACAAUGGGUCUGCUGUCGUUCUGUUCAAUUGCUGUUCUAUUGGGGGUUGCCUAUAGCCAGCCUACAACUGACGUGGCCACAACCAUAUUUAACAUCCUUAAUACUGACCAUAAGAGCUUUAUAACACCGGCGGAGUUUAUUGCCUACUACAGUCAGUUCGACAAAGACGGCAAGGGGUCUAUAAGCAAGCAGGACUUCUUGAAACUUUCGACCGACCACGCCGAGGCUGAGAGGCAGUUUACCCUGUAUGACGUUGAUAAGGACGGGGCAUUGACUCUGAAGGAUGUCAAACUAAUUGUGGAUAUGUUUGACACAGACAGCGAUGGCAAGAUAACAUUGGCCGAGUUUAAGGCAAGCUACGCCAAGCUCAUCGCGGGCAAUGACAACACCCCUGUUGGCAAGUAGAGGAACAGUGGAGAAUAACGUCGCUGUAUUGAAAUUAAAUAUAGAAGAUAAAA